AUGAUAACUUUACAAGGAAACCUUCUCGCAGAAAAGCCGAAGGAAUGUGGACCAAAAGAGGCUGAUAAGCGUCAGAAGGAGGAGCAGCGUCUUAUUGAUACGGCAGAACCGCUAACGGAGGAAGAGCAGCAGGAGAAAAAUGACUUGCUCACACAAGGCCUGGCUAACUGGAGUAAACGAGAUUUCACGGCUUUCGUUAGAGCAAAUGAGAAGUAUGGUCGUCAUGAUAUCGAAAAUAUAGCAAAUGAAAUGAUGGAGACCAAGUCUCGAGAUGAGGUCGAAUAUUAUGCAAAAAUAUUCUGGGAGCGGUUUGAAGAACUGCAAGAUCAUGAGAAAAUUCUUGCCCAAAUUGAGAAGGGUGAAGCACGAAUUCAACGGCGGCAGUCUGUGAAGCGGGCUUUGGAUGCUAAAAUCGCAAAGUAUAAGGCUCCCUUCCAUCAGCUGCGCAUUGCAUAUGGUACUAACAAAGGAAAGACGUACACUGAAGAAGAAGACAGGUUCCUUGUAUGUGAGCUGCACCGACUAGGCUUUGACAAGGAGACCGUGUACGAAGAACUAAGACAGUCGGAACUGCAGCGUCGUUGUAAUACAUUGAUCACAUUGAUUGAAAAAGAAAUGGGAGAAACUGAGGUGAAACAUCGCACGAAGAAGGAUGCAAAGGACAAAGCCAGUGCCCCUUCAGAAGCCGGCGGUUCGACACCUUCGAAGACGGCGUCCGGCAAGAAGAUUGGCCGACCAAAGAAAUAA